AUGCUAGUAGCAUACAAGCUUCGCUUACAUAAGAUAGUCUCCAAUGAUCCAAACGUAGCUCAGACGUUCCCAAAAGAAGACAAAGCUUCCGACGUCCGUGAUCUCGACUUCUCACAGGACACUGUUCCGAAGCAACGCGCCCUGGGGGUGCUUUGGGACGUUUCGAAUGACGCAUUCACCUUCCGAGUUUCUACGGGGGAGAAACCAUUCACCAGACGAGGUGUAUUGUCUGUCAUCGACAGCUUGUAUUAUCCCUUGGGAUUCGCUGCUCCAGUUGGCGUUAAAGGCAAGUUUCUCUAUCGAUCCAUGGUGACUCGUCAUGACAACUGCCAACCAGAAAACUGGGACGAACCUCUCCCACAGGAGUGGAGACUUACAUGGGAAGCCUGGUGCCAAACUCUGACAACGUCGAGAGUCCCUCGUUGCUACACGACAAUCCCAUUCAAUGCAGUCAGUCGACGGGAGCUCCACACCUUUUGCGACACCUCCAACGAAGCGAUUGCAGCUGUGUCCUACCUGAGAAUUAUCCAGGACAACGGAAACGUCCAAGUCUCCUUCGUCCUUAGGAAAGCCAAGCUAGCUCCCAACCAUGCCACCAGUGUCCCUCGCCUCGAGCUGUGCGCUGCAGUGCUGGGAGUUGAAAUAGUGGAGCUGAUUAUUGAGGAGUUGGAUAUUGAACCCGAGGCUAUCACAUACUACUCUGACAGCAGAGUUGUUCUCGGUUACAUCACCAAUGAGUCUCGGCGCUUCUACGUGUAUGUCAGCAACCGAGUGGAAAGGAUCAGGAGAGCUUCGAACCCAGAACAGUGGCGUUACGUGCUCACACAGCAGAACCCCGCUGACCCGGCCGCACGGUCCGUUAAUGCCUAG